GUUGGGAGGGGAGAGUAAAACUCUAUGAGGAGAGGCAGUCUCUCAUUUUCCAACCCAACAUUUUCUGGAUCGAGCGGGAGGGACGGAUUAUGAAGGGACACCUCAGAUUGACAACUGAUGAAAUCUACAUCUCACUGCUGCUGUAGCGUUUCCUAUUCAUCACCAGCAUCAUCAGCAUCAUCAUCGUCAGUGCGAACGGCUCGCGCUUCACCUUCUCCACAUCCUCGGGGCCACGAGAGCGCAGGGGCGCAAGGAUGAACAUCCCGGUGCUGCCCGAGAACAAGCUGUCCGCUGUGGCCCCGUUAAAACAGUUGAACGUGGAGAAGAAGGAAGUGGAGCUGAUCCUGGUGAAGGAGCAGAACGGGGUCCAGUACACGAAUUCCUCUAUAGUGGGCUCUCCGAGCUCCCGCGGCUGCACCUCCGGAUCGGCGGAUGAUGAAGAGAGGGAGACAUGGGGCAAGAAACUGGACUUUCUGCUUUCGGUCAUAGGCUUUGCCGUGGACCUGGCGAAUGUGUGGCGGUUCCCCUACCUGUGUUACAAAAACGGAGGAGGUGCCUUUCUGAUCCCAUACAUUCUGUUCCUGUUCAUUGCUGGGAUGCCGCUAUUUUACAUGGAACUAGCCCUGGGUCAAUAUAACAGAGAGGGAGCAGCUACUGUUUGGAAAAUCUGCCCUGUAUUUAAAGGCGUUGGUUACUCAGUGAUCAUCAUAGCUUUGUAUGUGGGGUUUUACUACAACGUCAUCAUCGCUUGGUCGUUGUAUUACCUAUUUGCCUCGUUGACGAGUGAUCUGCCCUGGCUCAAAUGUGGCAACACGUGGAACAGCCCCAACUGCACUGAUCCACUGCUCAUUAAUGGCUCCUUCUUGGCUAAUGGAACCAGCUACGCCAAGUACAAGAACACACCUGCCGCAGAGUUCUACGAGCGCGGGGUGCUGCACAUCCACGAGAGUAAAGGCAUCUAUGACCUGGGUCUUCCUCGCUGGGACCUCACCCUCUGCCUCGUUGUGGUGGUCUUCAUCCUCUACUUCAGCUUGUGGAAGGGGGUCAAAUCAUCGGGAAAGGUGGUGUAUAUUACAGCUACUAUGCCCUACGUAGUGUUAUUGGUUUUGCUGAUUCGAGGUGUCACUCUCCCUGGUGCAAUGAAUGGAAUUAGGGAAUAUAUCCACGUUGACCUGAACAAGCUCAAUAACCUACAAGUAUGGAUUGAUGCAGCUACUCAGAUUUUCUAUUCUCUAGGAGCUGGGUUUGGAGUCCUCAUUGCCUACGCCAGCUACAAUAAAUUUGACAAUAACUGCUACAGGGAUGCUAUCCUGACCAGCACUAUAAAUUGCAUUACCAGUUUCUUCUCAGGGUUUGCCAUCUUCUCAGUUCUGGGGUAUAUGGCUAAUCGGCAUGGCGUCGACAUAAAGGAUGUGGCCACUGAAGGAGCUGGACUGGUAUUUAUUAUCUACCCAGAAGCGAUUUCAACUCUACCUGGAUCUACAUUCUUUGCAAUAGUCUUUUUCAUUAUGCUUCUGACCCUUGGGAUUGACAGCUCUAUGGGUGGCAUGGAGGCUGUUAUCACUGGACUCUCAGAUGACUUCAAAAUUCUCAAGAGGAAUAGAAAGCUUUUUACAAUCGCUACAGCAUUUGGGACUUUCCUAGUAGCGCUCUUUUGCAUCACAAAUGGUGGGAUCUAUGUUUUGACCCUGUUGGACAAAUAUGCAGCAGGGACAUCAAUUCUGUUUGCCGUGCUGAUCGAAGCUAUUGGAGUGUCUUGGUUUUAUGGCGUGGACAGAUUUAGUGAAGAUAUUGAACGCAUGAUGGGCUUCAAACCAGGAAUCUACUGGAGACUUUGUUGGAAGUUCAUCAGUCCAAUCUUUCUAUUGUUUGUAGUGAUCGCCAGCAUUGUUACCUCCAGUGAGCUGAGAUACGAUGAGUAUGUUUUCCCUUACUGGUCGAACGUGGUGGGCUGGUCCAUAGCUUUGUCGUCCAUGCUGUUUGUACCCAUCUAUGCCUUAUACAAGUUCAUUUGUAUGCCAGGCACCUUAAAAGAGAGGAUAGCAUACUGCAUUACUCCAGAACAUGAACACCACAUGGUGACUGAGGGUAAUGUCAGGCAAUUCAAGCUAAAACAUUGGUUAGCCAUCUGAUGAAGGGGUCAGGUGGGGGUGCCCAAUAAAAUUCUACUUGAAUGCUGGAAAAGAAUGUGUGUGAAAGAGAAAAGUUUCUGGAAAGGUCUAUUAAUGUACAAAAAGGGUCCCUAUUAGAAAUGGACAGAAUGAAGUUGGAUUUGUGUGUUUCUCGACAACACACCAUACUGUCUAGACUGCUCCAUUUGUGUUCAGUGGAUGACUUGACUUUUUUUAGAUUGUAAGGCAAAAUUAUUGUAAUUAUAUAAUUAAAUAAUUGUUAAUAAUCAAGGUAUUUUACACUUUUAUGAUUUUUUUUAAAUUAGUUUGUAAUUAUUUUACUUUAUGUCAUGGCUAUGGGUCACUUCAUGAAAAUGUCAACAAAAAACUGCUACUGGUAUUUUAUCCUCGAUGGCUGGGAAGUUGAGUGUGUGUUUAUGUGGAAUAAGGGUGCGGGACAUGUUAACUUACACUAUACUGUAUUUCACAGAGCGAGUUGUUGAGGUUUAGCUAACACACUGAAAAAUGGAAACUCCCUUGAUCCAGGAGAUCUUUUACUUGAUACAGCAGGCUUUGAGGGUUUUGAGUCAUUGCUGUUUUCAAAUCCAGCUGUGGGUUUUACCGUGUUUUCCAGAAUGGUUUGGUUUUGCAACAGCUGGGUUUCAUCACGGGUCCACCAAGACUUAUCUCAAGCACAUCUUUCCUUUUUUUGACACACCUCGCAAAGUAGACAUAAACCACUUUGUCAGUGCCUUAUCUAGCCAUACACUUCCUGUCAUUAAGUCACUCAUCCUCAUGAAGAGAGUGCAGGGACACACUCCAUCUGAUUGAGGAGAUAGCCUUCAGAAUCUAAUGCCAAGGGACACUUAUGCGUUUAAAAUGAACUAAGAUUCAUUCCCAUGAUCUGCCUCAGAUAGAGUUUUAUAUCAUUUAUUAUUUUAAUAUUAGGUAAAAGGGAUUUUUUAUUUUUGUUUUGUGAGAUUGCUCAAUGGACCAACAUUGAGAUUUAGCUAUUGCCUUGACUUCGAGAAACACUAUUACACUUAAAAUAUUUACUGCAUGAUAAAUGCGCUACCUUGCGGCACUGAGCAUAUGAGAGUUACAUUUCUUACAAGUUAAAAGGAUAGUUCACCCAAAAUUGAAAAUUCUAUCAUCAUUUACUCACCCUCAAGAUCGGUCCAAGCCUGUGUAAAUUUUGUUGUCCUGAUGAACACAAAGGUAAGAUAUUUGGAAGAAUGUCAUUAACCAAACAGAUUUCAUCACAUUGACUCUUAAAGUUGAAUUUACCUACUAUGGCAUUAAAUGGGGGAUAAGAUCUUUUUGGUUACUGCCAUUCUACUAAAUAUCUUCCGUUGUGUCAAGCAGAAAAAAGAAACGUAUUGGUUUGGAACAACCUGAGUGAUGACAGAAUUUUCUUUUUUGGGUAAACUGUCCCUUUAAGAAAUGUUGUGCCCCUUGAAGAGAAAUAUAGUAUUGCUGAUUUAACAUGACAUCAUACAUGAAACUCUAUAUAUUGCUACUCUAUAUACUACGUUUUUGUUAAGCUACUAAAGUUCCGAAAGAUUCCAAAGUGUGUUAAGACUGUUUCAAUUGAUUUCUUUUUUUUAGACAAAGAGAUACUAUAAGAAUUCUUUGAUUUAAAAAUUUCCAGUGACACUUUUAAAUGGGAUUUUCCGCUAUAGGCAAAAAAAUGCAAUUGAAGCUCUUGUGUGGUCUGCUUGAACAAGUCUUAUGGGUCUUGUUUGUGUCAGUGUUCUAGUACAGCAACAGAAUAUUAUAACAGAUUACGUCUCAUGAUUUCAAACAAUUCAAGUUCUCAUAGAUUUUAUGAAUUACUGUGGCUUUCUCAUUUGAAAGAAUGCUUCACUUACAUUUAAAAGUGCUAAAAAUAACUACAAUUAUAGCAUCUCUGUUUGUUUUUUAUUUGUGUAAAAUCUCUUCAAAUAGCAAAACUUGGUAACUAGUAUAGGAAGCAGACAAGUAUGUGGAUUAUGAAGUCUAAAGAGAUAUAAAUAUAUUCUUUUGUUAUAUAUCUAAUAUUGUAUGUAUCAAAUUCUUUAUGAAAUGUGAAUGUAAACCAUUUUAAACAUAAAGUGUCUGCUGUUAUAUCAUGUUGUGUGAUGUUGGAUAUAAAUAUUCAGAAAUGUAUUAUUCCGUGUAACCGGAGCUGACAUAGCCACAUGAAUGUAAACGGAGCAGCUCUGGCAUUUCUGAGCGAUGCUUUCCAUGUGUACAAAUACAAAUAUGUACUUUUGAUUGUGAGUGAAAAUUAUAUAUGAAGUCAAGAUAUGCACAUUAUAAUAAUAAAGUCCUUCACAGUACACAUACAGA